AUGGCCCGUCGUCAACCCAGUUCCCAGGCUGACGACCAGAGCUCCCAGCCCAGCUCCUCAGGGUGCCCCCGGCAGCGCCCCGGCUGUAAGAGGAAGAGGUCAGUGGCGUUCAGAGUGGAGGUGGAGGGUGACCCGGCCGCUGAGGCCCAGGACCCCUGGGUCGUGGAGUCACUGAGUGGGCUCAAGAUGAAGCUGAAGCGACAGCGGGUGUCUUCAGUGCUGCCUGAGCACCACGCAGUCUUCAACAGGCUGCUCGAGGAUCCCAUCGUUAAGAAAUUCCUCGCCUGGGACAAAAAGCUGGAAGUAUCUGACAAGUAUCUCCUGUCCAUGGUGAUAGCUUACUUUAGCCGGGCCGGGUUCUUCUCCUGGCAAUACCACAUAAUCCAUUUCUUCAUCGCUCUCUAUGUGGCCAGCGACAUGGAAGAGGACAACCAGGCCCCCAAACAGGCCAUCUUUUCGUUCCUUUAUGGAAAGAAGCACUCCCAGCGUCCCUUGUUCCACAAACUGUGCUUCCAGUUCAUCCGUUCCAUGGGCUGGAAGACGAGGGUCACUCGGGAAGAGUGCGAGCAGAUCCAGGCUUUUGAUCCAGACCUCUGGGUGUGGGGAAGAGACCGCACCCUCUUGCCCUAG